UAUAAAUACUUUAAUUACAUCUUGGAGCAAAAUAAUUCUUUGUUGAGGCACUUAAUUUUGUUGAGAAAAGAAAACAUAUAAAAAUAAUUUAUAUUUUUUAUACACACACACACACAUGUAUAUAUAGGAGAUGUAUCAAAAAUAGGUGAUCAAACUUAAGAGCAUAUUGUACUCACUGUCAUGAUGAAAAAAGAUCAUAUAAACAUGUGUGGAUCUGGAAACGCUUUUUUUGAAUUAUAAAUAUAAUAUAAAUUUUUUGUUUAGGAUGCUACAAAUAUAUACAUACAUGUAUAUAGGAGGUUUGAAGCAAUUAUGUGAAUUGGACAGAUUUAAAUAUUUGAUACAAUUUUGUUUCGUUAGUUUUAUUAUUUCAAGGAUACACGCGAAUCCAAGAUGCCACGAUAUGAAAAUACUAGAAAACGAGGAUAUGACGUGCGACAUCAUACGUGAUAUUCUCGAUACUCAUAACAGACUACGACAGUCCAUCGCCGAGGGAUCAAUUAAUGCUCAACCACCUGCCGCCAAUAUGCAUGAACUGUAUUGGGACUCCGAGCUUGCAUCCGGUGCUCAGAAUUGGGCAAAUCAAUGCAUAUUUGCUCAUAAUGAUGAGAAAGACAGGAAAAUUGAGCGAUUCCCAGUCGGUCAAAAUAUUGGCUUAAAGAAAAUGCGAAGAAGUCAGAAUAUUGCAAAAAUAGAAUUUUCUAAGCAAAUAAACAAAUGGUUCAGCGAGCACGAGGUCUACCAAUUUAGCGCUAUUGACACAAAGAUUAUAGAAGUAGCUGGUCAUUACACACAGCUUGCUUGGGCAAAUACUUAUCUGGUCGGAUGCGGAUAUUCACAAUAUAAAACGUCGAAUAAUACCGCUUACCAAUUUUAUGUCUGCCAUUAUGGACCCACGGGCAACGAGUUUGGUAAGCUACCUUACAUCGUUGGAAACCGUAGCUGCGAUCAUUCUUUGAAAAUUUCGGAUAAAUACCCUAAUCUUUGCAGUUUCAAGAACGUACCAGCAAGUUGCCCCAAAAACAACGUUGAAGAAAUUCGUAAUGACAAGAGAUCCACAUCUGUCAGAAAUGGUCGUAAAUUUUUUAACGUGCACCAUAACAUACAUAAAGAUAACAGUCCUAUGUACCAGAGAAAAAAUCAAUUUGUUCGCGCAAAAUGCGCAGAUCUAUCAUGGAUAUUCUAUUAUAUAAUAUUGUAAUAAGAUUUUAAUGUUUACAUAAUUUUCAUUAUAAUAGCAUACUAAUUUGUGU